UAAAGGUCAAGUCCUGUUUGCUCACGUUGAUCUGUCUUUACGGAAUAUUUUGUCUCUGCACGACCGGCAUCGAAAAUGGGUAAAAUUAAAGGAGGGCCUGUUGUGGAAAUGCAAGGAGAUGAGAUGACGCGGGUGAUUUGGGAUCUCAUCAAACAAAAACUGAUUUUGCCAUUUGUGGAUUUAGAGCUUCACACAUACGACCUUGGCGUUGAAAACAGGGACGCUACUGACGACCAAGUGACCAUAGACGCCGCCUUUGCCAUUAAGAAGUACAAUGUGGGCAUCAAGUGUGCUACCAUUACUCCAGAUGAGAAAAGAGUUGAAGAAUUUAAACUCAAGAAAAUGUGGAAAUCUCCGAAUGGGACAAUCCGUAACAUUCUUGGUGGAACAGUAUUCCGGGAGGCGAUUAUCUGUAACAACAUUCCCCGUCUAGUACCAGGCUGGACUAAAAGUAUUGUCAUAGGCAGACAUGCCUAUGGAGAUCAGUACAAAGCCACAGACUUCCUGGUACCAGGUCCAGGGAAGCUUGAGAUGAAGUUCACACCAAGCGAUGGGGGUGAGGUCAUGAACUACACAGUUUUUGAAUUCCAAGAUGGCGGUGGUGUCUCCUUAGGAAUGUACAAUACAGAUAAGAGUAUCACUGAGUUUGCACACAGCUCCUUUGUGUUUGCCCUGGAGAAAGGAUGGCCUCUUUACUUGAGCACGAAGAACACAAUCUUAAAGAAAUAUGAUGGUCGAUUCAAGGACAUCUUCCAGGAAAUCUAUGACAGUGAGUACAAGGCCAAGUUUGAGGCCAAGUCCAUCUGGUAUGAACAUCGCCUCAUUGACGACAUGGUGGCCUAUGCGAUGAAGUCAGAAGGAGGCUUUGUGUGGGCAUGCAAGAACUACGAUGGUGAUGUCCAGUCGGACUCGGUUGCUCAAGGUUUUGGAUCACUUGGAAUGAUGACCAGUGUCCUGAUUUGUCCAGACGGUAAGACAAUCGAGUCUGAAGCUGCCCACGGAACUGUAACAAGACAUUACAGAAUGCACCAGCAGGGCAAGGAGACCUCUACCAACUCCAUAGCAUCCAUCUUUGCAUGGACAAGAGGUUUAGUACACCGAGCCAAAUUAGACAAGAAUAGUAGCCUGAAACAGUUUGCCGAGAGCCUUGAACGUGCCUGUGUAGACACAAUAGAAUCUGGCAUCAUGACAAAGGAUUUGGCCAUUUGUAUCAAAGGAAUGAAUGGAGUUUCUCGCAAGGACUAUCUGAACACGUUUGAAUUCAUCGACAAAGUAGCUGAGGAUCUCCAGAGAAAAAUGGGGAAGUCAAGCUGACUAGAGGAGGAUGCUGAGCCAGCUAGUCGACUGUAAAGACAGCUGUGCUGUUUGCUUCAUUAGGAUUUUAAAAUUUAGGACCUGAUUGUGAAAAUAUUACUGUCAAACUAUGAACUUCUGGUGACAAUAUGUGUUGUAUCAUUUCCAAGUCGUAACAUAUCUUAAUUAUGAAUGUUUGUGAGAGAAAUCUUUUUCAAAACUGGGCAGAUUAAUUUGGUGAUGUCAAGUUCUAUGAAGUCUGUUAAUGAGUUUUGUUUAUGUCUUUAGAUAUUUUUUUCUCUCUGUUUUUUUUAAGGAUAAUUGUAUGUAUGUGUUCUAAGUUAAUUAUCAGGUAAUAUACAGACUUAAUGUAUACUGUGACUUCAAAAUCAAAAAGUGUAUGCUUUGUUAUUGUUUAUUUUUAUUCAAUUAAUUAGUUGGCAAUUGUAAAGAAGGGGUAUAAUUUAGUUAUGUAUUUUGUUUAAUGUUUUGUGUCUUGUAUUAAUUUUCUUGGAAAGCAUUCUUGUCCUCUUUGAAUUCCUUCUAUUAAAACUGAUUCAUGGGAAAAUGGUACCGUACACUUUUAACACAUUGGUUGUUAGGAGUUGAUAGGUGGAACUUAAUAUUUCCAAGAACUUAAGAUAGGAUCUCACUGAUUGCUGGAACUUAAUGUUUCCAAGAACUUUAGAUAGGAUCUCACUGAUUGCUGGAACUUAGUGUUUCCAAGAACUCUAAGAUAGGAUCUCACUGAUUGGUGGAAUUUCAUGUUUCCUUGAACUUAGGGUCUCCUUGAUUGGUGGAUUUCCAUGUUUCCAUGAACUUGAUUGUUAAGUUAAUAAAAAUGAUGACAAGGCAACAUCAAAUGUGGAUUCUUUGUAAAUCUAGUUUACAUGUUUGGGCCCACUAGGCGGGCCGUCAUCAGAAGAUUGUUACCGGUAAAUAUCACUGUUUCGUGGAAUUUUCAACAGAUAUUAUAGUUUAGAUGAAAAACUAACUUCAACAGGGCAUUUUACAUCAAUUUGUGGUAUGGGUUUGUAAUGUGAUUCAUAUGUAUAAUAAUCAGUUUUAGUUAUGUUCAUUUCACUCUAUAGUGCCUAUGUUUCGUGGAGGAUUUGCUUUCACUUUUUUAAUGACCACAAACAUUUGUGUAUAUACGGUUUAUUAGGAUCUAGAACAGGGCUGAGCAGAAUUUGACUGCCACAAACUUGUUGCAAGAACAAAACCUGGAAGUUUCCAAGAAAUGAAUGUGCUAUAGAAUAGUAUUAUGAAUUUAUGGGUUUCAAUAAUACUAAUAUUUGGAGUCAACGCAAUGUAAAUAAUCAGAUACUCUUUGAUACUAAUCAAUUUUUACCUUCUCACUGUUUUUGUAAUAAUCUAAUUUUAAAAAGUGUAAUGAAAAGUAUUGUUGCAAGAAAUUUUAGGAACAGUUUUAAUGUAAUUCUACCUGUACACUGGUGUAACUGUUAUUUUUAUUAAAUGUUAAAUCCUAUUUAAUUACAAUUUAUUUCAUUUAAUGAUAAUAUAUAUUCCCAUUUUACCAGUUUUUCAGGGUUUGAGUUGAUCUCUUACAUUUAAUAUUGCCAAAAGUCAUUUGUGUACAUGAAACCUUCUAUAAUAUAUAAUAGGUUUUGUCAUCUAUACAUGUAGUUUUACCUACAAGAAGCCAGGCCAAAACUAUUCUGGCAAUCUGUAAUAAAUCAAAAUGGAUCUAGAGAAUUACAGAAUACAAUAUGUACUAUUUUAUUUGUGGUACGGUUGUGUGUGAUUAAGUUUAGAAACAACAGUGUACAUCAAAGAUAAUUUUAAUGAAAUGUAUAUAUUCAAAAAGAUCACAAAAUUAACAAGAUGUGGGAUCAAUAAUGCCGUUUUGUCUUCAUGGAGAACGAGUGUGAAACAUCAUGUGGAUAAGAUUUUAAACAAUUACCCGGUAAGACAUUUAAUUUUGAUAUGAAAUUAUAUUUGUUCAAACUUUGAAGCUUAAUUAUGUGCAAUCAUACUUUCUUCCUGUUAAAAAUGGUUUUAAUGUAAUUUAUGAUAUAAUUUAUGGGUUAAAAAUUUCCAACUCUUUAACUGCAUGUGAUAAAUAAAUGGAUUAAAUAAAUUGAUAUAUUUUA